AUGGAUCUGCUGUUGAAGGCAUGGAUAGUGACUGUUGGCCGAUUUUUGUUUUUCGUCUUGAUAAUCAUCCAAGGCUUGGCCUUGGCUGCAUAUUUAGCGGCCUACGAAAAUCAUUCUGCGUGGAAUUCUUUUGCGCUUCUCUUCCUUCCCGCUUCAUUAUUUUGGUGGUACAUCAGCAUCAACAAUGCGGGAAAACCUAAGUUCCUGUUUUUCACUUGGUUAUCCUAUGUUUGGCUCGGUCUAGUGCCAAUGAUUGGGGUCGUGUUUGGUAUAGCAGUAGACAAACUUUAUCAGCCUAAAGGUUUUCUAAAUCCAAGCACUUUACAGAUGUCUCUCUGUAUAACCCCUCUUCUGCUCCUGUUGUUGUUUCACACUGGAAUGGAAUCAACCAUACACAGAAAAACGAUAGUCAACUUGUCAAUCAAAGCUGCCAUUGAUCUCGUGGAUGCAAUCGAGCUUCUAUCGAUUGUGAUUGACGAAAUUGAUACGAGUCAUAAUGUGCCAAAAAGUGUUGAGAAGUUGCUAAUUUCCUUUGCCUGCAUCAGCAUUUUGUGCCAGUCGGUACUGGGCAUUCCUUAUGAUGAAAAGCGGCUUGAAGAAGGAGGAGACGAAACGGAAAUAUCCAUCGCCAAUGGUCUCACCCAAGUCUUGCUGAAUAUUGUCUUUUUAGGGCUGCGCCUCGGAUUAAUUUUUAAUUUCAACAGAGUCGCCUCUUUGUUCAUCGCUAAGAACAUAGUUAUGAUUGUGGGGCGUUUGUUCGAGUUGAAAUAUCUUACUACACUGAUUUAUCAGGAUGUACCAACCAACGAACCGGCUUCAGAUACUACAGCAGCUCCU